AUGAGGAUGAUUCUUAAUUCUCACAAAGCGCACACAUUUUUCAUGGCUUUGCGUUGGGAGGAUCCAUGGAAGAAGAAGGAUGGAUUCACGGAUCGAAUCUCAAGUUUGCCAGAUCCAAUCUUGGCGCGCAUCUUAUUCUUCCUUCCUCCAAAAGAGGCAGCAAUCACCAGUGUUUUGUCGAAGACAUGGAAUCGCAUUUGGGUUUCUUCUGUCCCGAUUUUCCAGUUCGAUCUUCAAAUGGAUGAACAAUUUCCAUCAUUCGCAUCACAUCACGAUGAGCCAUUGGAUGAUCAGAAACAGAGACUUGACAAAUUCAUGAACUUCGUAAACACUUCUUUGGAAAAAUUAUGGCACCAGAAAAGCAUAAUUGAGAAAAUCAAGCUCUGCAUAACUCGAUUCCAUCCCAAAUUCUCCUACACUUUCAGCCGCUGGGUCGGACUCGUCGCCAAACACUGCAUCGUGAAAGAGUUAGCCCUAAAGAUUUCGUUUCCCGCAGACUCCACUGGAGAUUUGUACCCUACGGACUUGCACGCUGUGCCUCCGUCGGCAUUCCAAAUCCAAUCGCUGAGUGCUUUAAGAUUACACGGUUUGAAGUUAGAAUCAGAAAAUUUCUACGUAAAAUUUUCCCAUCUCAAAGAGUUGUCACUAAUACAUGUUUACAUAAGGGGAGAGCACAUUCUUGAAGAUCUCUUCCUCGGCUGCUCCUUCAUUGAGAAGUUUAUCUUCUUAAGAUGCCGAGGGGUCGACCGGCUUCGACUCGCUGGUCUGCCGAGGCUGAAGGAGGUUCGGGCCCGCGGAAGUUCAUCUUGA